AUGGCCAACAGUUCCAAGCUUCUCUUCUCCAUGUUUGUUCUUGUUCUUGUAAUUACCUCUAGUUGGGUUCUGAUGGUAUCAGAAGCACGUCCUCUGAGAAUUGGUAGUGGUUUGUUUGUUAUUGAUGGGUUGUACAUUGAAGCAAUGAAGGCUGGUGGAGGUCCAAGUCCUGGUGGAAAAGGUCAUGCCUUCAGCAGUUCUCAAAUUCUUGGAGGAAUCAAAAAUGGAGGUCCAAGCUCAGGAGGGAAAGGUCAUGGCUUCACAGAUUCUCAAAUUCUUGGAGGUAUCAAAAAUGAAGGUCCAAGCUCAAGUGGAAAGGGUCAUGCCUUCACUACUUCUCAAACUCUUGGAGGGAUAAAAAAUGAAGGAGGUCCAAUUGCAGGUGGAAAAGGUCAUGGCUUCACCGAUUCUCAAAUUCUUGGGCGUAUCAAAAAUGAAGGUCCAAGCUCAAGUGGAAAGAGUCAUGCCUUCACUACUUCUCAGACUCUUGGAGGGAUCAAAAAUGGAGGAGGUCCAAGUCCAGGUGGAAAAGGUCAUGGCUUCACUGAUUCUCAAACUCUUGGAGGGAUCAAAAAUGGAGGUCCAAGCUCUGGUGGAAAGGGUCAUGCUUUCACCAAUUCUCCUACUCUUGGAGGGAUUAAAAAUGGAGGUCCAAGUCCAGGUGGGAAAGGUCAUGCCUUCACUAGUUCGUAUCCUACUCUAGGACUUGGAGGAAUCAAAGAUUCUGGUCCAAGCCAUGGAGGCAGUGGAAACUAA